UCAUAGGUCUGGGCUGCCUUGAAAGGACUCUACAUCAACUAAUUCAUGCUAUUUACCAAAUCUGACGGGAAUAUUUAUAGGCGAUCGCUCUGCACCCAUUCAGGCUGAUCGAGUCCAUCAAGGCACCGUCUCUCCAUCUAAAUGCUGAAGAAUAAGACGAGCUAAGAGUUUGCGAUGAGCUGCGGAAUGGACGGAUACUACGAUCAGCAAGUGCCUUACAUGAUAACUUCUAAACCGCAUGGAGGGAAAUGUAGUGAAAGGACAACAAGUGAAAGAAAAAGAAAAUUCAUUGACACAGACUUAGCUCAAGAUUCGGAAGAACUUUUUCAGGAUUUGAGCCAGCUGCAGGAAACCUGGCUCGCAGAAGCUCAAGUCCCAGACAAUGAUGAACAGUUUGUGCCAGAUUUCCAGUCUGAAAACUUGGCUUUUCAUGGCCUCCCUUUAAAAAUCAAGAAGGAACCGCAGAGUCCCUGUUCUGAGCUGAGCACUGCCUGCAGCCAUGAGCAACCUUUCAAGUUCAGUUAUGAGGAAAAGUGCCUGUAUAAUGUCAGUGCCUACGAUCAGAAGCCACCCGCAGGAUUGAAACCCUCUAACCCACCAACCCCAUCCAGCACACCAGUUUCCCCCUUGCACCAUGGGUCACCUAAUCCUGCAGCAACUCCCAAACCGGACAGAAGUUUUCCAGCUCAUCUGCCUACUACCCAGCCCAUUCCAGAGAAUGCCUAUCCAUUGGAUCCUAGAUUCCGGCGCCAGCUCUCCGAGCCAUGCCAUUCGUUCCCACCUCCUCAUGGACUGCCCAGGGAAGGUCGUCCGAUGUACCAGAGGCAAUUGUCUGAGCCCAACAUUCCCUUCCCACCUCAGGGCUUCAAACAGGAAUAUCAUGAUCCAGUCUAUGAACAUGCCACCAUGAUUAGUGGUCCAACAAACCAGAGUUUUCCCCAGCCCAUGAUGAUUAAGCAAGAACCACGGGAUUAUGCAUAUGAUUCAGGUUGCAUGUAUGAGAAAGGUCCCAGACAUUUUUAUGAUGACACCUGUGUAGUUCCUGAAAAGUUUGACAGUGACAUCAAACAGGAGCCAGGCGUAUAUCGGGAAGGACCGACUUACCAGCGCAGAGGCUCUCUCCAGCUUUGGCAAUUUCUAGUGGCUCUGCUGGAUGAUCCAGCAAACUCGCACUUUAUUGCAUGGACGGGCCGCGGCAUGGAGUUCAAACUCAUUGAGCCAGAGGAGGUAGCACGACGGUGGGGAAUCCAGAAAAAUCGUCCUGCUAUGAACUACGACAAGCUGAGCCGCUCACUGCGCUAUUACUAUGAGAAGGGCAUCAUGCAAAAAGUUGCUGGAGAAAGAUAUGUGUAUAAAUUUGUCUGUGAUCCAGAAGCGCUUUUCUCAAUGGCGUUCCCAGACAACCAAAGGCCAGUGCUGAAAACUGAUAUCGAGCGUCACAUCAACGAAGAGGACACUGUCCCUCUCUCCCAUUUUGAUGAGAACAUGGCCUAUAUACAAGAUAGUGGCUGUUGCAAUUCCCAUCCAUACAAUGAAGCCUAUGUGUACUGAUACAGCCAUUUUGGGGCAGUUACUCCGUGUUUCCUUUAUCUCUAUUAUUUUCCUCUGUAGACCGUGACCCAGGAUUUACUUCAUCUCUUCAGCAUCUCUGACAUCGAGCAGUGGGUCCGCAGUUUCUGUCGCAUUAACCCCAUGGUCCAACGCCAGGGACAGUGCACUUUAUGAAAAGACUUA